GGACGGCGUGGCGAACGGAUCGCCUAGUAGCAGCAACAGCAGCAGCAGUGGGUCGAGUACUUCUCCCCCUCCCUUGAGCGUGCAUUUAAGACGCGGUGUCGUCGCACAGAGGCUCAUUCGUGCAUCGGACGGCGUGUAUCUGGAAAAGCGAACUGGCUAUGGUAAACAAAAUUUCAGCCACCGAAGAAUUUCCCAAAUUCAACAUUCCACCAGUAUUGCUGCAUUACAAUAAAGAAAUGCCGCCUGCAAGAAAUGUUUAUACGCAUGUACCACCAGGAUUCAAGAGAUUAGUACAGCAGAAGCUCAGUGAGCUUUUGUCGUCUGGAAUCAUAGAACCAGUGCUAGAAAGUAUGGAUCGCACAUUCUGUUCCUCAUUGUUAGUAGUGCCGAAAGGGAAGGAUGACAUCCGUUUGGUUGUUGAUUUAAGAGGCCCUAACAAAUGUAUUUACCGCACACCCUUUAAGAUGCCCACCUUUGAAGCAAUACUAUUGGAACUACAUGGAGCCAAAUGGUUCUCAACCAUCGAUCUCAAGAAUGCAUUUUUCCACAUCGAACUUGACGAGCGCUGUCGACAUUUGACUAAUUUCUUUUCUGGAGAAGGACUAUAUAGGUGUAAGCGACUCCCGUUUGGUCUGUGUUACGCACCAGACAUAUUCCAAGAAAUUAUGCAGUCUGUUAUCCUUUCGGGCUGUAAGGGCACGAUCAAUUAUUUAGAUGACAUAUUAGUUUUUGGAACUACUAAGGAGGACCUUAAAGAGGUCUUGGAGCGACUAGAAGAUCAUAACGUCAAAAUCAACGGGAGUAAAUGUUUGCUAAAUCAACAGGAAGUUCCAUUCCUAGGCUUUCAUUUAUCAGCUUCUGGGUGGAGUGUAGAAGAUGAGAAAAUUCGGGCGAUUAAGAACUUUAGAAAGCCUCAAAGUCAAGACGAAGUCAAAAGUUUUCUAGGCUUGAUCAAUUACAUUGAUCGAUUUAUUCCUCAUCGAGCUGACAAAACUUGGCAAUUAAAAGAGUUAGCACGAGCAGAUCAUUUUUACUGGUCGGAAGACUUAGAUCGUGAAUUCGAAUACCUUACAUCUACAGCCUGGACAAAAAUUAAGACUUUAGGCUACUACAACCACACUGAUAAUACGGAACUCUAUGUUGACGCUUCACCGCACGGCCUUGGAGCGGUUCUAGUUCAAUUUGACAACUAUCAAAAGCCAAGAGUUAUUGCAUGCGCCUCUAAAGCUUUAUCUCCAGCAGAACAGAAAUACCCACACACCCAAAAAGAAGCUCUGGCUCUAGUUUGGGGGGUGGAAAGAUUUUCAAGCUAUCUGUUGAACAUAACUUUCAAGAUCCGAUCGGAUGCAAAAUCAAAUGAGUUCAUUUUCGGAGGUAAGCAUCGAAUCGGCAAAAGAGCCAUAUCGCGAGCGGAAGCAUGGGCACUCAGAUUACAGCCCUAUGAUUUCUCAGUUGAAAGUAUCCCAGGAGAUUUGAAUAUAGCAGAUGCACUUUCAAGAUUAGUGGUCGAUACUAAGUCAACCGAAUCUUUCGACGACUCAUCGGAUGGUCACCUAUUAUUCAUAUUGGAUUCAGGAAACGUUGAGCUGAACUGGAAUGAAAUUGAAACGGAGGCAGAAACCAACAAGGAACAGAUCGAGAUUCGAAAAUCUUUGAUAUCAGGGUUAUGGAAUACAGAACUGCGGGCAUACGAAUGUCAGUCCAAGUAUUUGCGAGUGUUUGGAGAUUUAAUAUUCAAAGAGGAUCGCGUAAUACUCCCCGAUAGUUUGCGAGCAAAGGCAAUCGGAUUAGCACAUCAAGGCCACAUGGGGGCAGCGUCAAUGAAGCGUAUCCUGCGAAACCACUUUUGGUGGCCCGGAAUGAGUAGUGACGUGCAGAAGCAUGUUAAUGGUUGCGAGACAUGUCUAAGGUUGUCAAAAAAGAAUGCACCACUUCCACUCACAAGUAGAGAGCUCCCACAGGGACCGUGGGAAAUCCUGCAGAUUGAUUUUUUUACAGACAAUGACUUCGGCUUUGGUGAAUUCUUGGUGUUAGUCGAUACUUACUCUAGGUAUCUACAAGUGAUCGAAAUGAAAAACAUGGACGCAGAUACGACCAAUGCAGCUCUGGCCAAAAUAUUUGAAGUAUGGGGCUACCCUUUGGCAAUCCAUAGUGAUAACGGGCCACCAUUCCAGAGUAAUAAAUUCAUAAAGACAUGGGAAGAUAGAGGUGUUAAGAUCCGUAAGUCCAUCCCGCUAAGCGCUCAAUCGAACGGCGCUGUUGAGAGACAGAACAGUGGUAUCAAAAAGACCUUGGCAGCGGCUCGAUUGGACAAUGUAAAUUGGAGAAAAGCUCUAGAACAGUACGUCCAUACACACAACAAAAUUAGACCUCUAUCCCGUGUAGGAGUAACCCCCUUUGAAUUAUUAGUGGGCUGGAAAUUCCGUGGUACCUUUCCUGGUCUCUGGAACACCAACUCUCAAGAGACACUAGAUCGCACUGACAUUCAACAAAAAGACGCAGAAUCAAAGCUCCAAAGCAAGAAAUAUGCCGACGCCCGCCGAGGAGCAAAAGUUUCUGAUAUUAAAGUGGGAGAUACUGUAUUGUUGGCACAGCAAAAAAAACAAAAAUCAGAUCCAACGUUUUCUGCGGAACGUUUCACUAUAAUCGCAAGGGAUGGAGCAAAAGUUAUCCUUCAAAGUGAGCGAGGAGUUCAGUAUUCUCGCAAUGUCCAAGAUGUGAAGAAAGUACCGGAAUUCCUCGAGGAACCUACAGAGAGAAGUACGCCAGAGAAACAUGCAGAGGAGACGUAUAACUUAAAUCUGGAUAACCAUGGAAGUUUGUCUGACAUCAAUCUAAGCAAUACUGAAAACAUCGACGAAGACACCCAUCAACGGCCAAAGAGAUUAACAAAAAAACCAAACAGAUUUGAUUAUAUGGUACUAUACCAUAUUUUUGAAUAG